CCCUCUGCCUGCAUGCAAGCCCUGCAUCUCUGGACUCUGCUUGCCACCUAUGCUGUUGCGGUAGGACAAAAUCAAGGACAGAAGAAUCAGGAGUGCCCUAAGCUCAACGCACAGAUGCCAGAGUUUCAGAAGAAGACUGUCCAUAUUAAGGACCCAGGGAGAGUAGAGGAGAUUAUCUGUGGCCUCAUCAAAGGUGGAGCUGCCAAACUUCAGAUUAUUACAGAUUUUGAUAUGACAUUAAGUAGAUUUUCCUACAAUGGAAAAAGAUGUCCAACUUGUCAUAACAUCAUUGAUAACUCCAAGCUCAUCACAGAGGAAUGUCGGAAAAAGUUGUUGCAGCUGAAAGAAACCUAUUACGCUAUUGAAAUUGAUCCAGCUCUCACUACUGAAGAAAAAUAUCCCUAUAUGGUAGAAUGGUACAACAAGUCUCAUGCGCUACUCAUUGAACAAGGCUUACAAAAGGAUAAGUUUGCAGAAGUUGUGAGGGAAUCUGAUGUUAUGCUGAAAGAAGGAUACGAGAACUUCUUUGAUAAGCUCAGUGAACACAAUAUUCCCGUGUUCAUAUUUUCGGCUGGGAUUGGGGACAUUCUUGAGGAAGUUAUCCACCAGGCUGGGGUCUACCAUCCUAAUGUCAAAGUGGUUUCCAAUUUCAUGGAUUUUGAUGAAAACGGAAUAUUAAAAGGAUUCAAAGGAGAAUUGAUUCACGUUUACAACAAACAUGAUGGUGCCUUGAAGAAUACAGAGUACUUCAAACAACUAAAAGACAACAGUAACAUCAUACUGCUGGGUGAUUCUCAAGGAGACUUGAGCAUGGCAGAUGGAGUAGCAAACGUUGAACACAUCCUUAAGAUUGGCUAUCUCAACGAUAAAGUAGAUGAGCUUUUGGAAAAAUAUAUGGACUCUUACGAUAUCGUCUUGGUGAAGGAUGAAUCCCUGGAAGUUGCCAACUCCAUCCUACAGAAAAUCCUGUAAACUGCAGUCUCAAGUCACUCCAUUCCUUCCAGGAGGCAACUGGACAGAAGAGCAGCACGUGGCUGCUGUCUUAGAUCACUCAUCUACAGAACUGUUUAAUUUAAUUUAAAACUUUUAUCUUCAUUUUGGCAUUUUGAAAUACACGUGGUAUCCCCCGUCAACUAGAAGCUCCUUUUACUGCUCUUACGCUGUUCUUUGUCUCACACUCCUGCUACAACUAGAUUUAUAUUGGGAUUUAUAGAUGUGAUAAAGUGCUGCUGGUGGGAUACUAUGGUUCAAUGUCUUUUAAUCAGGCAUUUCAGAGGAGCAUUUCAGAAACUGUGGCUGUUUUGUACCAUUGAAGAUGUGAAUGUUCUGUGACUGAGCAGCGU